CUUCUACAUAAAACUGCACGUUUUAUUUUAAUGAAAUUUAUUUAGAGACAACAAAUAUCAUUACUCUUUAGAGUGUUAUGUGUAUGGAAUUAAGCAUGUAUAAGGUCGUCGUGGAAGUGUUUGCCGUGUGUGCCGUGCUCCCAAGUAUUUUAGUAUCUGCUCAUGUCUGCACCCCCAGUAAACUAUCGGACAAAGCCUUCGAUCAGUGUGGACAAACGGGGUUCGCGAUGAAGUGUAACGGACGUAGACUAGAUAACAUUCCUAGCGCAUAUCCUAUCCCGUCACCACCUUUGUCAGGGCCAGCAUGUGUUCUUGACCUCAGCGAUAACAACAUAUCUGUUGUGGAAAAUAAAACGUUCACAGAAGCAAAACACAUUAAUUCAACUGAGAUUUCAUAUUUGUAUCUGAAUAAAAAUCAUCUUAACUGCCUAAAAAGUGAAGCAUUCGUUGGACUAUCGAAUUUAAAGUAUUUAAACUUGUCACAUAACAACUUAUUGUGGAAGGACAGCUUCGCCCCAGAAGUCUUUGCGCCACUGAUUAACUUAGAAAACAUAAAUCUAAAGUGCAAUACGUUCGACACGUUUGAUGGGCUAGGCCAGGAACUGAUGCUGAUUAAGAGAUUAGAGGGUUUAUUUAUUACACCAAGCAAUUACACAAAUAGGUAUUCAUUCGGGGAAAGCUUUCUAAAUAUUAGCUUAAAGUAUUUGUACUUGUCAUCUACACCUGAAUGUGAUUGCAAUUUAAAGGAGAUAGACAACAAUUCAUUUCGAAAUCUUUCCCAUAUUGAGAGACUUUAUGUGAAAGAUUGUCACAUUGAAAACGUAACUGAAGAGGCAUUUAAACCACUUAACGAAACCAUCAAAGUCUUAGAUAUAUCAGGAAAUUCAAAUCUGACUUUCAAGGGCAUGAAUAAAGUUCUAAAAGGUCUCAUCAAUUCACCAACACUAAAGGAGUUGAAUGUGAAUCGCAUACAUGUUCCUUACAACAUUGGCAUAGAAAUUACACCAGAUGACUUACAAAGUCUAAAUACGUUACACAAUCUGGAAAAGCUGUUUAUGGAUUUGAAUAAAAUCGAAGUAUUUAACGUUGACACAUUAUAUCCAAAAGUUAUGUUUCCUCCAUCUUUGACUCUUCUCACGCUAGCAGGCAACAGGCUCACAUUUGGAAAAUACGUUGACUACUUAUUUAUGGCGAGAAAUAUAAAAACUUUAGAUAUAUCCAGACAAUUUCUUGGCUAUGAUCCAUUUAGGUUUAGAAAACAUAAUACUCUGCCUCACAUAUCAAGUGAAACGCCAUCGGCAAAGGUUUGUGAUGCAAAAAACAAGCCAGUUCAUGUCAGAAAGGAAUCAGUGGUGGAUAUCAACGAAGGAUAUAUUUGGGAUUUUGCUUUGCAGAAAAUGCUCAUAUCCAACGAUGAAAUCAAAAACAUGACUCGAGGUGAUUGGGCAGCAUUGUUUGCCAACUUCCAAAAUGCUUUCGAUGUCAAUUGCACGUGUAAUGUUUCUGUAGCCAGACAAUUGAUAUGCCUGCCAGAACAUCUUUCGCACAUUCAAUGGUCUCGGAGCUAUUUGUAUGGUGCGAUACCUCCAGUGUUAAUAUGUGGAGCGAAACAUGUAAAGUUUUUGGAUUUAUCAUACAACUUGCUGUCACCCUGGACAGGACCUGUGUUUGGUUUGCAUCGAUUAAAGAAGUUGGAUUUGUCCGAAAACUAUUGCACAAACAUUUCAAAAGUCUUCUUUUUUGGAUUUCAGAAUCUGGAAGCGCUUAACCUGACAGGAAAUAUGUUAGAAGAGACUUUUCACCCCAACAAUGCAGAUGCAGGUGUUAUGUUUGGAAAUCAGAAGAAAAUGAAAAAUUUGACCUUGUCAGCCAUCAACGUAAGCAAUUUGCAUCAAGAUUUGCUCAAUUCGAUGGUCAAGCUGGAACGCUUAGAUCUUUCUUACAAUCACAUUCAUAAAUGGAACUUGAACUUGAAAAGCUAUUGUUUUCAUCACCUCGAUAUAACUUCCAACAGACUAUCAAGUUUGCCGAAAGACCUCAUGGCUUAUUUGGACCAAAUGGCAGAGUCUAAAUGUAUUAAAACCAAACGUAUAAAUGUUACCGUUUAUAUGUCGCAAAACCCUCUUGAGUGUUCAUGUGAACAACUUCCUUUUUGGCAAUGGAUUGUUACGUCUACUGUUAAUGUCCACCCUAGAGCUAUUGAUAGUUGUAUGCUUAAUGGAAAGGUUAAACAAAUUACAACUGAUGAUGAAGUUCACAAGCUUGUGAAGCUGCUUGAGAAUGAUAUUUGUAUAGACCGAACAUGGAGAACUUGGGCAAUUGCUGGUGGAAGUUUGCUGAUAGGUGUUAUUGUUACAAUUACAUUAGGAACAGCUACGUAUAAAAAUCGAUGGAAGAUCAGAUAUGUUAUGUAUAGUAGAGGACGCAGAUAUCGACAUGAAGGGUUUGAACAUAUGUUUUCGCAUGAUGCGAUGAUAUCGUAUUCCAAAGGCAGAGCGAGCUUCAUAAAAAACUUGUUGGUUCCUUCCCUAGAACAGCGGCACCAACUUGAUUUCUGGAUAGCUGAUAGAAACUCCCAAGCAGGCGUGUCUGUCGCGGAGAAUAUCACACAUGCAAUUUGUACAAGCCGGAAAGUGGUGUUGCUUGUUGACAACGAAUAUCUGUCUGAUUCUUGGUGUGACUAUGAUUUGAACAUGGCUCUAGUAGAAUCAGUGGAAACGAAACGAAAUAUGAUAAUUGUUGUUUUGAUGGAACAAAUUCAGAUGAAUACACUACCUGUCCCAUUUUUACGGCUUCUUAAGACUGAGGGAUCACUGGAGUACCCGGACCAACAACAAGAUAUAGAAACGUUUUUGACAAAUCUAGCCGAAGAGAUAAAAUCUUGAAAAUGGUCUGUGCGUUAGGUGAUAUUAAAAAAAAACCUCACAUACGCCUAGUCUGGAAAUAUUAAUAUUAUUGACAACAUACUAGUUGUGCAUAAUUCUAAAAGAACUAUUACCCUUGUUAAAUAUUAUUAACAAUUGUCUGUACAUACAUAUAAUAAAUUUAGUUCUGAUCUACUUCUGUAAAAUAUACAAGUGCUUUUGACAAGCCAGAGGUUUAAGACCCCAUGUUUUUUGUGUGAUAUUCUAACAACACAGUUCAAAGCGGCUCUAUUCGUGAACGUAUUCGACCAAUGAAGAGCAAUGCUGGUUUGCAUGUUCGGUGGCAUUAUGAAUGAAAGUAACAUCAAAAUUGUUCGAGAGGUUUCAGAGAAGAUGCCGAUUAAAAUGAUUGUUUACGGACAGACAAAGAGUGAUCACAAUAGUGUACUAAUACCUUAAACAAAAGGGCAAGAGUGUUAUAUAAAGAAAGAAGAAAUUGUAUUCAGUUAAUUCAUAAAAACACGUACAUAUGUAAAUCGUUAUACAAUCAUUUUGAAAUUUGAAAUGUGUUAGUGAUAUCAAAUAUGUUGGUAACUAAACCUUAAUUGCGGAAUGUCACUUGAAUCAUCUUUCUUAUACAUUCUGUGUCAUUUUUGUUCUUUAUUGAUCAAGCUGUAUUUAUGUUGUAAUUUGUCUUGUACUUUCUAUGUAAUUUUAAGGCAUCAUUAAUUAAGAUGUAUAUAUCUUAUUAUGUUCCCACUCAUCAAUGGGUAGAAAUAUUGUUUUUGCUCGAGUUGUCUGUCUGUCCGUCUUUCCGUCAUAAUUCUUGUCCGCUCCAUAAUUACUGAACCGAUUGAGGGAUUUUAACCCCCCCCCCACAAAUGUUCACCAUAUUAAGAUGAUGUGCAAAACGCAUCUUACAACCAGCCCGGUUCAACGUCAAUGUCAACUUUGAAUCCAAAGGUCUUAUUUCACACUUCAUAAAUCUUGAACCCCUUGAAGGAUUUUGAAAUAAAUCGCCACAAAUGCUAACCAUUUAAAGACGAUGUGCAAAGCGCAUGUUUACUGUAUUGCUGUCAUAGCUCAUAAACUAGCAUUGGUGCGCAAAUCGAGGUACAAGGAUUUAUUUCAUUUAAACUACUUGGUCAGAAAAACACCCAAAUAAAUGUAAUGAUACUUUACGCCUAAACAGUAACAUGACCCGUUAUAAUUUAUUGAAACAGAAUUUUUACUAAAGGAAGUAAUAUGAUCAUUGUAGUCCUCUAAAUAACUAAGCAUGCUUAUACUUAAAUGAAUAUCUUCAAUCCAGAGUUUAUAGUUUGUGAAUACUCCAGCAUCGGUUGUAAUGUAAAUAUGAUGUGCAUAUAACCUACUUCAUAUAUAUUUCAACUUCAUAUUAUUUCUUUUUAAACAGAAUAUUAUAUUCAUAAAAAGAUUUAAUAUACUUCACUAAAUGAACUCAGCAUAAAUGUUAGCUUUUGUUGUCGCUUCUCAACCAAACAUAUAGUGUAUAUUAUAACACGAAAAAGGAUAUGCCCAUAACCUACUGCAUAUAUAUUGUUCAUUGUAUGAUACAAUUUUUUGAAACAGUAUUGUUACUUAACAUUUUAAUUUGAUCAUUGUCAACAUUUGAUUAUUUUAGUAUACAUGAAGUUGUAUAUCAUUGCUUCUUAUAUGUUGAUAGAGCAUAGCUUAGUGGUCAACAUUUCCUUUUGCUGCUCAAAUCAAACAAAAAUGCAUUAUUAUUGUAUGUUCAAAACGGAUUUUGUAUGCGAAGAUUAUCUCAUUUUCGUUAAGAGCGAUAAAUAUAGAAAAUAAUUGUCUAAAUUCAGACUCUCUGCCCACUGUGUAGAGAUUGAAACUGGUGGAUAUACAAAUAGCGUUAGGGAAAAUAGAACUUGUAAGCUAUGUACUCAGAACACUGUAGAAUCAGAAUACCAUUUUAUGUUAUGCUGUAAGUUUUAUGAACAUCUUAGAAAUAAAUAUUGUAUCAAAUCAACCUGGCCAACACUGGCAAAAUUCAAGUACCUUAUGGGUAGUAAAAAUAAGAAAACUGUUAACAACAUCGCGAAAUUUGUGUACCAUGCUAUGAAACUUAGAGAAGAUAGAUUAAAAACUUUAGCUGCUUCUAAGAAAGAAUCAUCUGUACAGUCAACAUAUUUGUUUUAAUAUAUACUGUGUUUUCAUUGAUAUUUCAUAUACAGUACGUAUAGACUAAUUUACUAAGCAUAGUAGCACAUAAUAUAUACUUUACACUUGUAACUUUCACAGUUUACAGUAUCAUUACCAUAAUUUAGUAUUAUAUUCAUUUAACAUAUUUGAUUAUAUGUACAUAUGUGUUUGUCUUUGCCAUAAAAUGCUUGUUUUGUAAAUGGCCAAAGGCAAAUUAUGUCGA